AUGCCGAAGGGGCGGCGAGGCGGCCAGAGCCCCACCAUGAGCCAGCGGCCUGCUCCGCCCCUCUACUUCCCGUCCCUCUACGAUCGCGGCGUCUCCUCGUCUCCGCUCAGCGACUUCAACAUCUGGAAGAAGCUUUUCGUGCCGCUGAAGUCUGGCGGGGCGGCGCCGGGGGGACGGUCCCUCCCUCAGGCGCCCCUGCCGCCGCCACCCGGCCUGGGGCCCCCCGGCGAGCGCCCCUGGCCCCCGCCCUGGCCUUCCGGCCUGGCCUCCAUACCCUACGAGCCUCUGCGCUUCUUCUACUCGCCACCGCCAGGGCCCGAGGUGGCUGCCUCGCCCCUUGCUCCCUGCCCCACGACUCCCGGGCUCGCCUCCGCCUCCCACCCCGAGGAGUUAUGCGAGCUGGAGAUCCGGAUUAAGGAGCUGGAGCUACUCACCAUCACUGGGGACGGCUUCGACCCCCAGCGCUAUAAAUUCUUGAAGGCACUGAAAGAUGAAAAGUUACAAGGACUGAAGACAAGGCAGCCUGGAAAGAAGUCAGCCUCUCUCUCCUGA